AUGGUGAAAUUUUCUCCGUGCAUUUUGAUCGGCUUCGCGCUCGGAUUCAACGACAAGAAAUUUGUGGUCAAAGAUGAUUGCGACAUGAAGAAAGAGAUUUGCAUCAAGUGUGUUCACAACACAAUGCACGGCUUCGUCAAGCGAAACGCCAUCAACUCCUUCGCUCUCGGUGACCAGUCCAUCAUCUCGCUCAAAACCGAAGCCGAGUUCAACAGCAUUCCAGCGACGAAUUGCAACUCCAACUUGUCGUAUGACCCGAAGGUCGACGGCUUCGUCUUUGGAAUUCCCCUUGGCGAGUGCGGCAUGGAAACGGAGCAGAAAAACAUCGAUGAAGAAAUGCACAUUACUUUUACUUCCAGACUCAAUUUCGGCAACCAAAUGCGCUUCUUCGGCGGCACCCAAUUCUACUUCGGCGAGUACGGCGAUUUCGUCUUCAACUGCAACUACCGCCAGUGGUCCGAAACGACCAAAGGCAUCUACAGUCCCGUCACGACCUUCCGGACCGACGCAGAAAAGACGAUCGACCAAGAUGUGUCCUGGGAUGAGACGAUGACGCUUUCUUUCUUCGAGCCGGAUUUUCUCACGCCGCUCAAUGCUUCUGAACUCGUUCUUGGAGAGACGCUCAACUUUCAGGUCGAAUGGAAUGAGGACUUUUCCGACGAGUUCCCGGUUCUUUUCCAUUUGCAAGAUUGUUUGAUUGCUUCGGAAGACUACAACCAGACCUUUGCCGUCAUCGAAGACGGCUGCGGCGCGAAAAUCAUCAGCACCGAGCUCAAAUCCUCCACUCCUUCCCAAGUCAAAGCGGUCAACUGGAGCUUCCGAAGUUUUCAAUUCAGCCGCGAGCAAAUCAACACCGACUUGUCUCUAACUUGCCAGGUCAAUUUUUGCCUCGUCAAAGAUCUUCUGAACGGAGAUUGCUUGACUGCGGCUGAAACUUGUCCGACUGGUUAUCAGGAUCCAACGAAACAAGAAGAAAAACUGCUCGGCCGAGGAAGACAGUAUACCUGGGGAGCAUGA